GCGGGUGAUGUCAGCUCUCGACGAAAAUAGAGGGAGAUCGCCUGCAAAUCCCCAGCUCCAGCGGAGCUAAACCUCGCAAUCCCUCCCCGGCCGGCGCCGAGCCAGGGCGCAGCGGCCUCCGCCGCCUCCCCCGGCGCGCACACACCCGCACACACGCGCACGCACGCACACACUGUCCGCACACACGCGCGCGGUCUUCCGCCUGCCAGCCCUCUCCGUGCCCGCCGCUCACGGCGCCCGCCUGCCCCGCAGCGAAUCACAGGUGGCAGCGGCGGCGGAGGGGGCGCAGCGUCGGAGUGCGCCCUCCUGCAGCGCGGGGCACAGUGCGUCCUCGGGGACAGCCACUCUCCGAUCCCCACGGCGCGCCGGGCCAGGCGCCACCGUCAGCGGUCGAGGGGAGCGCGGGGCGCCCGGCGCGGGGAGCUGAGACGCGGAUUAGCACCUGCAGGAGCCUCCGGCGCGCGUCGAGGCGCUAAAGGGCUUACCCGGGAGGCGGGUGGAAGGGCGGGGAGAGGCUCCCCGUUAAAUACCGCUCCGGGCCACACUCCCGCGCUCACCCCGGCGCGCGCUCGCUCCCUCGCCCGCCGCGGCCGGACCGCGCUGAAGAGGAGGGGGCGUUCCCCAGACCAUGGCGGCUUCCGAAGGUGCCAACAAUAUGCCCAAGCAGGUGGAAGUGCGAAUGCACGACAGCCACCUCGGUUUGGAGGAGCCCAAGCCCCGGAAUCUGGGUCUGCGCUUGUGCGACAAGCUGGGGAAGAAUCUCCUGCUCACACUGACGGUGUUUGGUGUCAUCCUGGGGGCGGUCUGUGGAGGGCUGCUGCGUCUGGCCUCUCCCAUCCACCCUGACGUGGUGAUGUUGAUAGCCUUCCCAGGGGAUAUCCUCAUGCGGAUGCUCAAGAUGCUCAUUCUCCCUCUCAUCAUCUCCAGCUUAAUCACAGGGUUGUCAGGCCUGGAUGCGAAAGCCAGUGGCCGAUUAGGCACAAGAGCCAUGGUGUACUACAUGUCCACGACUAUCAUCGCCGCUGUGCUGGGGGUUAUCCUGGUCUUGGCUAUCCACCCCGGCAAUCCCAAACUCAAGAAACAGCUGGGACCUGGGAAGAAGAAUGAUGAAGUGUCCAGCCUGGAUGCCUUCCUAGACCUUAUUCGAAAUCUCUUCCCUGAAAACCUGGUCCAAGCCUGUUUCCAACAGAUUCAGACAGUGACGAAGAAGGUGCUGGUGGCUCCUCCAUCAGACGAGGAGGCCAAUGCAACCAACGCGGUCAUCUCCCUGUUGAACGAGACUGUGACUGAGGUCCCCGAGGAAACUAAGAUGGUUAUCAAGAAAGGCCUGGAGUUCAAGGAUGGGAUGAACGUCUUGGGUCUGAUAGGGUUUUUCAUUGCUUUUGGCAUUGCCAUGGGGAAGAUGGGAGAACAGGCCAAGCUGAUGGUGGAAUUCUUCAACAUUUUGAAUGAGAUCGUCAUGAAGUUAGUGAUCAUGAUCAUGUGGUACUCUCCUCUGGGUAUCGCCUGCCUAAUUUGCGGGAAGAUCAUUGCAAUCAAGGACUUAGAAGUGGUUGCUAGGCAACUGGGGAUGUACAUGAUAACAGUGAUUGUGGGCCUCAUCAUCCAUGGUGGCAUCUUUCUCCCUUUGAUUUACUUUCUAGUGACCAGGAAAAACCCUUUCUCCUUUUUUGCUGGCAUUUUCCAAGCUUGGAUCACCGCCCUGGGUACCGCUUCCAGUGCUGGGACAUUGCCCGUCACCUUCCGGUGCCUGGAAGAAAACCUUGGGAUUGACAAGCGCGUGACCAGAUUCGUCCUCCCCGUGGGAGCAACCAUUAACAUGGAUGGUACAGCCCUUUAUGAAGCGGUAGCUGCCAUCUUUAUAGCCCAAAUGAAUGGGGUCGUCCUGGAUGGAGGCCAGAUUGUGACUGUAAGCCUCACAGCCACCCUGGCGAGUGUCGGUGCAGCCAGUAUCCCCAGUGCCGGUCUUGUCACCAUGCUCCUGAUUCUGACAGCUGUGGGCCUGCCGACGGAGGACAUCAGUCUGCUGGUGGCUGUGGACUGGCUGCUGGACAGGAUGAGAACAUCAGUCAAUGUCGUGGGUGACUCUUUUGGGGCUGGGAUUGUCUAUCACCUCUCCAAGUCUGAAUUGGAUACCAUUGACUCCCAACACCGAGUGCAUGAAGAUAUUGAAAUGACCAAGACCCAGUCCAUUUAUGAUGAUAUGAAGAAUCACAGGGAAAGCAACUCUAAUCAGUGUGUCUAUGCUGCACACAACUCUGUCAUAGUAGAUGAGUGCAAGGUUACUCUGGCAGCCAAUGGAAAGUCAGCUGACUGCAGUGUUGAGGAAGAGCCUUGGAAACGUGAAAAAUAAGGAUAUGACUCUCAGCAAAUUGUUGAAUGAACUCCCCAGCUUAUCAUGUGGUAAAAGAUGAUGUAAACAAGCUUUCUUUAAAAAGGAAAAAAUGCAUAUAUUUCUAUGUUUACUUAAUCUGUUAGCUGAGGCUUAGAGGAGCUGUUGUGAGUCAGUGAUGACAGGCACGGUGCUGUGUCUUUGCCAAAUGAUGCUUCGUAACCGUCUAAUUCUCUCACUUGUGUUAUUGUUUGAAUGGAUGCUGCUGAAGGAAUCCCUUUCAACUGAAGACACGUUCUUAUUAGCAGAAUUGUGGAUGCUCUGCUCCUAGGGGACAUGAUUAAUGCAGUGUAGGUAGCAUAUUCCAGGGACUUGGGAGAAUAAGCAAGCUCAUAGUGUGUUAUUCCUUCAAGUGUUCUGUGUCUUACCUUUUUAUGCACAAGAGAUUCUGUUAGAAGCUGCUAGUAGGAACUCCCCUUAAAUGUCUUGUAGAGUUUGCACAUGUGUUGAUUAAAUGCAAGUACAUGUCUUAGGGAACUAUGACAAUUUCUCUUAUAUGAAUUCUUUAAGUUCAAUGUCUCAAAGAGAGUCUUAGUGGGACGUGCACUCUUAUAGGCUGUUGGAUACGGCAUCCAAUGCAUCUUGCCCUAUCUGAUAUAGCCUAUGUGAACAAUGAUUGAAAUUUCUAACUAUGUCUCAUAAUUCUCUCUAAAUUUUAUAAUGGAUUAAAGAGUCUUUUAUCUAUAGCCAACAUAUACAGUGGCAAAAAUAAGGGCACGUAAUCAAUCCAAAUUUUAACCAGAUUUAAAUAUUCAAAUUUGUUUACAUUUGGUUCACACUCAUCUGUCACAGUGAAAUCAAGUAAGAUUGUUUGAUCUGUUUUACUUUCUUUGUUUCACCCAUAAGCUUCUUAUUUAGGUUUCUAACCUUAAAAAAGCAUUUUUAAUUCCCAAGUUCUUCCAGCUGUAUUCUCAUCAACCUGGAAGGCCUGAUCAUUUUACCCUCCUGACACGCAGAGCGGACUUGUAUUGGCUAUGCCUCUUUUAAUUCCAGGUCUUGAUAAAACAACAAAAAAGUAAUUAAUAUGUAGAAAGCUAUUUGUUAUAUUGUAUUAAAGCACAUAAAAUCAGUUACAGAACUUGGUUGGAAGAAGAGCCAGCCUUUCUCCCCAGUCUUCUCUUUGGAAAGGAACAGAAAACAUCUGUGUAAAAUCCUAUAAAGGUGACGUUCCCAUGGCAGAAUCCAGACAGCCUGGAACCAUAAAGUAGGAACAAAGAAUGGCUCUACACAACUUCACAGAUGGAGCUUUUCUCAAGGCUGUGAAAAUCAGAAGGGAUAAAAAAUAUAAUUGGCAUAGCACAGUGCCUUACCUAUGGUAGGCAGCCAAGGAUCCUUAGUGAUUAGUUAUGCAAACUAAUUUUUUAAUGUCUUUGCUAUUAUUUCCUAUUAAAUAAGCCACAGUAUUUUACUAAGGUUGCUGGGUUUGGGAGUUGGAUUGAGACUUGAAACAUUGAGAAAUAAAGCCUAGCUGACUCUAAACAAUAUGUAGAACCUUGGCCCACUGGUGGGGCCAGGGUAUAUCAUCCGAGACCAGCAGAGGGAUGUUGGGAUAUUCAUAAAUAGCUAUAGAAUCCACAUUCUCUAAAGAUAGGGUAUUGACAGACAUCAUUAUCCUGUGUUACCUACUCCUUGUGUCUUCUGUCUUCCAACUCAGACGCCUUUGGAAUAUACAAAAUAGGAGAUUUCACUUACUUCUGUCUCUUAAACCCUAUCCACUUUUUGAUCAAACUCUCUGUUGAGCAGUGUUAAGCAGCAUUUUUGCUUUUUUUAAAAAAAUAUAUUGGGCUUUGUUUUCAUUAGAUAGGUCAUCAGCAGGGUGGCCAAGGACAUAGUAAUGGAAAAUGCAUCUUAUAGCAGAUGUGGGCCAAGAAGACAGUUCUGGGGGUUAGCUGUGAAACUGUUAAGAUUGUCAUUAAGUAGUACCCAAGAGCUUUUCUACAGUGAGUAGAAGGAUCUAGGCAAGACAUUUGAGAGCUUGUUGCUUUUUGCUGUGGAAGGCCAACUUGGCACCUGCAUACACUGACAUUAUCCUCAAAGAAGUAAUCAUAGAAUUGUCUUAUCAAGACUCUGCCUAAAAGGUUUUCUGCUUUUGUUGUGUUUUUAGCUUUUUCCUAGCUAUCCUGUUAGCCUAUAAAUAUGUGAGGGGACAGUGUGUUCAGAAAGGACAAGGUACAUAGUUUAGCAAAGCAGGUUUUUCUGGUUUCAGACUGUAUGAAGUAAGUCUCCUGAGAGUAUACUUAGAAAAUCACAUUUACCUGGAAAAUCAAUAAAUAAUAUUAAAAAUAAGAAAUUUAUCAAAUUCAGGACCAGCCUGAAAAUCCAGGAUGUAUGUAGAGUUGACAUGCGACUGUGUCCUCUGGUUUGUUUAGGCCUUCUUCAUUCUUCCUAUGCCAUGCCCAUUAGAGAUUUCCUUGUCCAGUAUAUGUGCCAUAAACAGAAAAAAAAAUGGAUCUAGAAAAUAUCUCCAACAACUUUUAUUUAAAUAAAAUCCACAGAGCCCAUCAGUUACGUGUAGCUUGAUCCUAAUAGACCCAACAUUGAUAUGAAUGCUUCAAAUAGUCUGUGGUUAUUUGAUGAUGUAUGAAUGUUCUAUUUAUAUACAAGAGAGCAUGGCAGGUACAUACACUACAUUUGAUAAAAUUUGUAAGUCAUAAUAUUUUUAAAAGAUUUAUUUUAUUUAUUUGAAAGAGUUACAGAGAGAGGUAGAGCCAGAGAGAGAGAGAGUUCUUCCAUCUGCUGGUUCACUCCCAAAAUGACUGCAGUGGCCAAAGCAGAGCUGAUCUGAAGCCAGGAGCCAGGAUCUUCUUCUAGGUCUCCCAGAUGGGUACAGGGGCCCAAACACUUGGGCCAUCUUUUACUGUUUUCCCAGGUACAUAAGCAGGGAGCUGGAUUGGAAGUGGAGCAGCCGGGACAUGAACCGGGACCUAUAUGGGAUUCCAAUGCUACAACCUGGGGCUUUAACCCACUGCGCCACAGUGCCAGCCCCUAUAAGUCAUAAUUUUGACAACACCAUUUUGUUACAAGCCCAUUCACUGUUUCUAAGAUUCAGAAUCAUUUCAGGAGAAAACCAACAAAAUAGGCUUUAGUUCUUCCAUGUCUUAUUCUUUCCCCUUGGGAAAGCCAAGUGGAAUCAUCAUUUAAUUACUUACUAAAAUUCAACAGAUCCAGUUCAGUACAUGAGAAGAAUGACUUAUCUCUAAAGGUAAUGUUGGCUCUUUGAGCUGUGCUUCCCAUACAAAGAGUGCCAGAGAACUAAGGAACUCACUGAGAUCAACGGACAUUCCACAUAGGACUUUGGGUGAAGAGAUCCAAACUAAGCAGCCAUUAGAUUCAAUUUUUUACUUCUUACUGGGUGUAGAAAUACAGCCUGUGGUCUCAUUGCCUGAAGAGGAUACCAUGACCUAUAAAAGACAAAUAGGAAUUCUCCUCUCCUACCACUAAUCAGCCUGUGUAAUCCAAAAAGCUUAAAAAAGGCUGCCCAAAUGGGUAGCUCCUGGGUUUAGAUUUGUGGAAGCUAAGAAAGGCUUAGUGAAGAUUCAGUUCAUGGGGAGAUUCCUUGUAGAUGAAUCUCCAGGACUAGUUGAUUAGAGGGUCUCAGGUCAUUUCCACUCAUGCAUGGAGAGCUAUAUCAUUUGUAAGUGUGUCUAGUCAAGAAAUCCUUUCAGAGUGCGAUUGUAGGAAAACUCACCUACUGAGUCUCCAGAAGAAACCCAAUUGUGCCAUGUCUUUGGAAAUGCACUUCCCUUGACUCUCGAUUACAAAAAUUAUUUUGAAAUUGUUUUUUUACUUUUAUCAGAAUCAAGGCCUCUGCUUGAGCACUACUUUCCCACCAGUCCAGCAGUAAAUCCAAGUAGCUACACACAGGCUCCGAGAUAAUUCUCCACAGUUUUGACUCUUGGAAAACAAGUCUUGGCAGUUCUUAACCUGGUUUGACGACUCAGUGUGCACAGCAGAUACACCCCAGGAGAGAGGUGUAUCUUCCCACUUAACUGCUUGUGCAUUCUCAUAGCCAUCCAGUUGUCUGGGUUGCUAGUUUUAUUUUACUUAUUCUCCAACUGAACUCAUUCUGAGCCAAAAAAAAGGGACCAAGUGGGAUUUUCAGUUAUUGUAAUACUUGCUCUUGGAAUAAGGUUACUAGGGCCUAGGAGGCAUAAGAAGAUUAGGUUAAAUCAAAGGGCCUGGAAGAAUUUUGAAGUGUGAGUUUUGUAAGUCUCAUUGUCAGAGAUUAAGGCUCUCAGUAUCCUUAGUAAAUUCUGGCUACACCUAAAGGAAGGAUCACGGGGUGCUGACCCAGGCAUGUGGCACUAGAGACAGGUUGUUCUCCUUGGGUGGGGUACAUUCAAAGCUGCUCAUGAAACAUUUUCUUACGAUUUUCCCUAAAGGAAAACUCAUCUUUCCUCUCUUUCUUCUCUUUUCCUUUUAUUCUACUUAUUGUUGCAGCUUAAGAGAAACUUUAGCAAACCAUACUACAAAUUCAUGCAAAGGUUGGUUUUACAACAAAUAACAGAGGAUCUUAAUUGAAUAGGAUCUAAUCGCCUAGCAUAGCACAACUAAUUCAGGCAGUGACAUAGAGAGGAGGAGAAACAAUGAUUUCCUAGAGAAAACUUUUGCCAUAGACUCUUAUGUUUUGAGCUGUACAAUGUACACAAGUCACUUUAUGUUCCAUAUGAGAAGCGAAGGAGUUGAUUAAAUGCCUAAAACCCCUUUCUAGCUCUACAAAUCCAUGAUAUUAUGAGAUCUGCUUUAAUUUCUUCCAUUUUAAGAGGCUUACUACUCUAAAAUAUCACGUAUUUGUAUUUUAAUCCAGAAGACCCCAUCACAGUAACACAUAAUCGAUUUUACACAUAAUCGAUUUACAUGUUCUGCAUCCCCUUUUGGGUGGGUUGGGGGGAAUUCAGCUCAAGCCUCUGUUCAUUUGGUGUUUCACACAAGCUCGGAAGGCAGCCAUGCAGCUCACACUUGGUGUUUUGGAACACCGACAAGCAUCCUUUCAUGAAAGUUCCCCUCACCUAAACUCACCGUCCUCCUACAAGUAGGGAUUCAGCUCAGGGAAAAAUGCUGCCAGAAUCACCCCGAGGGGACUGGAUGAUUCUGCAGCCUCACUCAAGCUCUUGCAUCAUUCCUGCUGUAGCAACAGAGCCCACUCCGAAUACCCAAACCACAUCAUUUUCUCCAAACGGUCCUAAUUGCCAACCCAGUAUGGGAAUUUGGGAGCGUUUGGCAAAUACACUUGAAUAUUCUUAUGAAAUUCAGUGCAAGACUUGCACAAUCACAGCAACUGCCUGUAAAUACCUUCCUUCCUCUGCCUGCCUGCAGAUACACACAUCCAUUCACAGGUAAAGUGGACUGAGUCCUUUCUCUGGAGGGAUAGGCAGGGCUAUUUGAUUGAAUUCAUUUUCAGAUUUUCCUCUUGGUUUGUUUUUAUCACGGGCUUCACAACACAGGUAGAGAAACUCCAGCACACAGUAACAGAGUUUUGUUGGCUGCUGUUGCCCUUGGCAGUGCUGCAGAGUUUCUGGGGUGAAUGGGAUCCAGUGCAUGGUCCACCAGGUGCACAUUACCAGCCAUGACCUUUAAAUGACCCCUUACACUUGCUGACACUGCUGCAAUGGGCCAUUGCUUGGAGCUUUGCUUUUUGCCGAAACCUCUGCUAAUACAGAGUAGAGUUGGUAUACCUUGUGUUGUAAGCACCUCUAUUGCCAUGGGAGACUUCAGCUCUUUAGAUUUGGGAGAACAAAUUGUAAAGCUAGGGCUAAAAAGAUUGGGUUUCUUUUUGCUUGUCUGUUUUUCCUGCUAGUGCACAAGACCGGUUGCAAGAGCAGCCAGAUAAACACAACUGCUUAACUGAUCCAUGUAAGAACCUAGGGGAAAGUGAGAGUAGCCCCGAAGUUCCUGUUUCUUUCACUCUAAGUAACAUCCUGAAUCAUUUCUGAACAGUUCUUCUCCCACGUGCAGCCUUGCUUCGUCUUCAACUUCUGGGCCAAGUCUCCAUUUUGAGAUUUUAGGGAGUUCUCCUGGGUGUCAUGCAGGGCCCUUUGGGAUUGAGAAGAAAACCUAUGCGUGGGACAGACUGGCUGCUUUGCAGAGUCAGCACUUGACCUAGUAAGCAGGUAGCAACAGGUGCCUGGUUUCUCUGAAGACACUCCCAACCCCAGGUGAGUGUUGGAAACCAACAACCACCUCUUACCUGUGUCAUCACCCCAUGGAGACAAGGACCAUGCAGUGGGGCCCUGUUGCUUCUGGGGGUCUCCAUGUGUUCCCCGGGCAACCAUGUAGCCUGCCUGGAAACAGCCUGUUACCUUUGCUGGGGGACAGAUAACACACUUGCUAUGAAGGUGGGUCCAGCACAUCUCCAAGUUUCUCCCCACGAAGCAAAUUCUCUGCGAGACAGGAUCAGAAAGCUGGCUCUCUGGUAGCUUGAUACUCUGGGAGAGUUACUUUCCUUCUAAGAAGUCACCCUUGGCUUUCAGAUUUUUCUACAAAUCACCUUAACUCCUUUCCCUCCUCCUUCCCCUGGAAAAACCUCAGCAUUGCAUCUCCUUGUUGCACAACACAGAUCAGAUUGUCUGGUCGCUAUAGAGAUUUGUAUAUAAAGAAAAGCCUACUUUUUGAGGAUUUUUGUAUCUUGUUUUCUAUUUGUUUUCUACAAAUUGAGGAGAGAGCUGGCAAACUGUGAAUCUAAAUUUAACCUUGCUGCCAGCAGAUACAGUUUCGGCUUCCAGGUAAGAAUCAAUAUCACCAGGGGCAGUAUCUUGCCCUCUGAUCAGUGUUGCAUCUCAAAUCCACAAAUACCUACAGCCCAAUAUGACAUUACUUUUUAGACAAAGCUCCAUGUUUCUUUACUAUGAUUUAUAAAAAGCAUGAUAAAAUGUAUUUAUAGUCCUGGGUAUUACAUGAUUCAUGUUAAUUUAGCCUUUAAUAAUGUUAUAGGUUUGUAUCUAUUUUUCAGAAAUCAGCAAGAACUCAGUGUACACUGAAUUCACCUAUUUACUAUCUGUGAUUUUGCAGACAGAUAUUUUCUUACGGUAUUUUCUAUAUAGCCACAUAUGUAGAAUCAUAACUAAUUAGAGCACAGGGAAUUUCUACAACAAUUUCACUGUAUCACAUGUUUCCUGAGCACAUUACUGCAUUUGGAAAAAAAAAAACCCUAGUUCUAAGUGAACAAAAGGACCAUUAAGCAUAAGGAAUUACUGAAAUCCCUUAGAUGAUUAAGAUAUACCUCUAAACAAUUCAUCUUUCAACUCGAGGAAUGGUGCUGAUUUCUUAUUUUUGACACCAGUCCUUGUUUUCCCAGCUGAGCCAUUCUAAUUUUGUUUUUCUCUGAGAUGAUCAAAGGCAAAGUAAUAAGGAUGGGACCCUUGGUGUGCAGGAAGCUCCCAUACUUUUCCCAAAUGUUUAUGUGGACACCAGUUUAGGAAAACUGAGUCACAAACACAGAGGAUGGGUGCGAGGAAGUAAAUGAAGAGAUUUGCUGCAAUUAAUUCUGGCCCAGCAAAAUGGUAGUAAAUAUCAUAUUGUUAUGUAAAUUGAGCACAUAUUUUUAAAGAAAAAAUUAUGUUUUUAGUACCAGCUGUGAAGCAAUGUUGUAUCAGUGAGGGCUGGAUACUGGAGCUUAGAAGCUGUGCAGAAGUCUGGGUGCAUUCCAUCCUCAGGUGAAUAACUAUCUAUGUAACCUUCCCAAAAGGUGAAUCAGUAGCCACUGCCAAGGCAAGAUAUCUUUUCUCCACCAAACACACCUUCUGAUGUGUUGGUAGGGCUAGUAUUUCUGUCAAUUUAAAAUGUAGUUGGUUACAUAGCAAGUGUCCUGAUGUGUAUUUGAACCUGCUCCCCAUUGAGCAAAAGGAUUAGAUAUGCCCUCAACUGGCAGAGGUUGUAUCUGUUUUCAAGUGCAGCUAGCUGUCAAAGCAUGAAGUUCUUGUGUGUACACACUGACACUUGGUCCACGCAUGAAGAACAGUGCCUAUGCACUUUGUGUAGCUAUAAUGUAGGUAUCUGUGUAAUUUCAGUGAAAUGGUGUAUAGAUGUAUUUUAAUUUAAUUUAAAUGUUAUUUUUGGCUAUUCAUCUAAAUGCAGUAGCUAUAUUGAUGGGUGUUUUUGAAAACCCCUCUUUUCCUCCCUAGAUAACCUAGCAGUGAGUCAUUCCUCCUCUUUCUUGAUGUGACAUGGGGAUGUAUAUGAGUGAAAGAACUUAUCUGUGAAUCCUUUGUAAUGAUGAUUGAAAGUCUUAUGUAUGUCCAGCACCUUUGUAAAUACACCAUUCAGAGCAGGAAUGGGCUGGGUGUGUGUCCUGCUUCUUAGUGAAAAGUCAUCGGGCAUUUGUACAAUCCACAGUGAAUGCAACUGUGGAGCUUUUGAGCAUCUAGGCUUAGGUAGGUUUAGAAUGAGGACAUUGAUCUGCAGUCCUCCUCAGCUUGCUUGGUGGAUUGGACUCAGACAGACAGGUUGUCGGCCUGCUCCUGCGCAUGUCAGUAUCAUGUCCUUAGGGAAGGGUCAGACUCUCUGGUUGCCAAAUACUCCUCACGAUGCACAUGACUUAAAGGUUUUGAAUCGCCUUGUCCCCCUUGGCUUCUUGAGUCAGGGUUUGGGAAAAACGUUUGCUGCCUAACUGCCAGGCAGGUGAAACCUCCCCAAAGCACGGUUCUGGCAGUAACUGCACACUUGUCUGUAGAAAGGGAGACCGUUGUAAGCACAGGGAGAGUCCGCGUAUGGCUUUGGGGGUGGGAGAGGGGCAAGUGACAGAACACAGAUCCCACAUAUGUGAAGGGAGUAUGACCUCCUCUACCUAAUAUGCUCUGUAUGUUUGGAGUAAUUGAAGAUGAGAUUGGCUGAUGCAACUGUACACUUGCCGCCAAAACUGUAAUUCUGUCUAAUUACCACUAGAUGCAAUUCUAUGAGGUCUAUAGUUCCUGUAAUCCCUUCCUCCUGUCAAGGACAGAGAAGAAAUACCCAUGUACUGUGGGCAACACUAAGAGUCCCUCUGGUUUCUCAAGAGGAGUGAAGCCUCUGAUAUCACAGGAGAACACAAAGCACAAUGGUUUGAAGUGGCUUCUCCAAAUGAAUGGAAUAAGGAGAUACGGUCGACAGGCACAUUUUUCCUGGAAAAUGUGGCUUCUUCAACUCCUGUCACAUUCAGAGUGGAAAACUUACUGAAAGAAAACUAGCCUAUAGGCAGGAUUCUCUGAAGAUUCUUGACUGUCAAGAAUGAAAAAUAAUACUUGUUUCCCUCACAUGCACAAUCCCAUUGGUCUGAAGUCAUAUAGAAUAGAGCACCUAUAGAACAUAGUGUUGAAGGACUAACAAAUGCAAAAAAAGAUAAAAAUGUCAACUAAUUUGGGAGUUGUUUCUUAUAUAUGGUAUUAGGAAAUGCCUUGUUAGCAAAGCACAUUUUGAGUAGUUGAAGUCUUUUGUUUUCACCUUUAGUUUUCUAAGCUUUCUCACAAAGUGGACUGAUUUCUGUAACAUUUCAUGUGUACAAUAACUGGAUGUUCUUUAUAUGCUGGAAAUAACCUGUGAAUACCAUAUUUCACUAAGUGUUUUAACUUUUGUGUGUAUAUAUCUCUCAUCAAUAAAUGUCGAUUUGAAUUUC